UUUUAAGAUUGUCAUUCACAUGUUGACAUAGCAUAGAACAUAAUUGUUGCAAGCAAACUGGUAAAAUUAAUUUUAUUCAAUGCGAUAUUUUUUAAGCUUAAUUAUUCGAACAAAUGAAGGACUUAAGAGAAUGUGGGGAAGUUGGGCCUUCAGAAAAUGGUGAACUCACAUUUUCGUGCCUCUUUUGUGGGGAUAAAUUGAGUGCUAUGGAACUGAUUAUAGACCAUAUCAAUGCCUUUCAUAAAGACAAAAUUACCUUUGAGCCAGAUGCUCUAAAAAAGAGACCGCGUCGAAAAAGAAAAUCCGAGUUACCCGUUUCGGAAUGGAUUCAUCUUGAGAAAGAAAGGAAACGUAAGCCGGGAAGGAUUUCAAGAAAGAAAUUAGAGGAGAAGCAAAAUUCUGAUACUGAUGUAAAUACAAAUAAAGAUACCAAUGAGGAAAAAGAAAAUUCAAAGCCUGAUGCUAAAGAAAAUUCACGGCUUGCAAAGGUAGAAAACGAAAUUCCUAUUUUAGAAAAAAAUCAAUAUGCAAGACCUAAAAGAGCAGUAUCGCAAACCAAAGCGAAAAGUAGUAAGACUAAUACAGAAAUUCCAACUAAAUUCGUACAUGGUAAGAAAAGAGGCAGAAAGAAGAAAAAUAAUUUUACUAUAAUGCCAAAGGAAUCUGAUGAAGAAACCCCAAUUAAAAUUAGAUUAAAAAGGCGAGGUAAAGAAAUGAUCAUAGAAAAUACAAAUGCGGGAGGAAAUGUAAAAGUGGAACAUCCCGUAAAUAUUACAGCUGAGGAAGUUGACAAUAAGGCGAUUGCUCACAGUAAUACGUUACUAAUUCCACAAGAAACACCAGAAGAAAACAAAAAUUUUGAAAGCAAAGCGGUUGAUUUAGAUUGCAAAAUUGUUGAAAACAUUGAUUAUAGCAAUAAGGUUUUAGAAGAAAAAGAAAAAACAUUUAAUUUUGUCAAGGACGAAAAAACUGAUUUUAAUUAUGUAGUCAAGCCUGAAUUAAUGAUUGAAGAUAUCCACAAUUUAAAGAAAGAAAAUAUUGAUGUUUCAAACCAUGUUACUGAAAUCGAAAAAAGCAGGGAGGAAUUUGAAGAUAAUUAUUCUGAUAUAUUUUUAGAAAAUAAUUCGGUGAAUAUGAGUCAAAAUAAUAAUUCAAUAAGUGAAGACGAUUCUGACUAUCGUGAAAAUCAGCCUGAAGACAGUAGCUCUUCAGAUUCAGAUUCUGAAAAAAUAUCGGUAUUGAAAGAGAAACUUCAAAAAGAUAUCGCAAGAAAUAACGGUGACAUUCAAGCAAAUCGAAACUACUAUGAUUUUGAUGAAUCAUCGAAGAAAAUGGGAUUUACAUGUAAGCAAAAAGUAAAAAUUCAAAAUCCUGAACUGAACCUAGAAAAUAUGCAUAAAAAAAGACGGAAAUUGAAAUGCACUCCAAAAACCAGAAGAAUGAAUGAAUUUGGUGAAUACAUGUGUGAUUUAUGCGGAAAUACAUACAAAAAAGCAACAAGCUUAAGCCGCCAUCGAUCUGACUGUAGGAAAGGAAAAACAAUGACACCGAGAAUUCGUGUACGCAAAGAAAAUGGUUUAUUUCCUUGUACAUACGAAAAUUGUCAAGCUGAAUUCUCCAAUGUGGAGGAAGUUUUUAAACACGAAAAAGAUGUUCACGGAAAAAAGAAAUAUGCUCGCCCUCAAACUCGGAAAAGGAAUGAAUUUGGUGAAUAUGUUUGCGAUAUUUGUGGGAACGUUUAUAAAAAAGGAACCAGUCUAAGUAGACAUAGAGCUCUAUGUCGAGAAGGAAUUGUGGUAGUCCCAAAAAGGAAAAAGCGUGACAGAAUGCGCAAUGAAAAAGGAAUGUAUCAAUGUGCCUUCCACUCAUGUGGGUUAGAAUUUUCAAAAGUUGAAGACGUUGUAGCACACGAGAGGGAAACACACAAAGGUGGAAAAAAGAAGAAAAUAGGAAGAAUGUGUGAAGUUUGCGGUAAAUGGUUAACAUCUGCAUGUAGCUUUAAGUCUCAUAUGCUUCGGCAUUCAGGCGAACGUAACUAUAAAUGUGAUCAAUGCUCUGGAGCUUUUUUCGAUAAAUAUGCUCUCUCUUUGCAUAAAAAAGUACAUAUUGAUGUCAGAGAAUACAUAUGCGAAUAUUGCAACAGAAAAUUUAAAAGAGCACCUGAAAUGCGAAAACAUAUAAGAUAUGUUCAUUUAAAUAUGCGACCGGAGCCAGUGAUGUGUGACCUUUGCGGAAAAUAUCUUCACUGGAAAUUUGAUUUAAAAAGUCACAUGCGCAGACACUAUAACAUAAAAACAAUCCGUUGUGAAUUUGCUGAAUGUGAACAAAUGUUCGCAAACAGAAGUGAUCUAAAAAAACAUUUGAUAACUCACAAUCCAGAUAUCAAACCAUGGCAAUGCGAAAUUUGUUCUAAUUCAUUUUCAAGGAAGUCAACACUGGUUAAACAUCAAAAAUUGCAUACUGGAACCAAAGAAUAUACUUGUUCUAUAUGUGGAAAAGCUUUUGCACAAUCUCCGGGAUUGUAUAUGCAUAUGAAAUCUCAUGGUUUCAACCUGAAACCUGAAGGUGCAGCUCGUUAUGAACGAAUAUCUCACAUAGCAUUUCGUCAAAUGGAUUCCGAUAGAUUAUCAAGUUUAAAUUUUAAGCAAAAUAAUGAAAUCAAUAUUACAAACGCAAAUGAUAUUCAAAUAAACCUUGACUUGAAAAAUCCGAAUGACAUACUUAAACAGCAGGAUAUGGACGAUUUUCAACAUGAAAAUUCUGAAAAAAUUACACAUAGUGAUGAAGAUUCCAAAAAUUUAUUAAAUCAAAAAAUUCUAGAACAACAUAAAACUAAUCAAACUGCUUUAGAAAUCCCAACAAAUCAAAUUGCAACUAUACAUAUAGAAUCAAUACAAGGAGUUCUUAGUAGUAGUCUUAUAACUAACCCAACAAUAACAGCAAUAGGAAAUGAGAUUCAAAUUAAUUUAGGUCGCCCAAUACAAAUAGAUUUAGGACAAUUAUCACAAGCGCCAAACCAUUGAUAUUUGGUAAUAUGUAUUUACAAAAAGAAAAAAUUCUAGUUGUGUAAACUAGAAAAUAUUUUGGUGUAUUUUUUAUUACUCCUAAA